AUGUCAGACGACGCUGAUUCCUGCGGCUCUGGCGGCGGUUCCACCAACUACACCGGCCUCCGCAUCGCCUCCAUCUUCAUCAUCUGGGUGGGCGGCACCGCAGGCACGCUCUUCCCGGUCCUGGCAAAGCGCACGAGUCUUGCCGUUCCACAAAGCGUCUUCGAAUUUGCGAAGUACUUCGGCUCGGGUGUCAUCAUCGCUACUGCUUUCAUUCAUCUUCUUUCACCAGCGCUCGACGAACUCGGCAGCGACUGUCUAGACCCCAAAUGGCAGGACUAUCCUUACGCUCUCGCCCUCGCUCUUCUGUCCAUCUUCCUCCUCUUCGUCGCCGAGCUAUUUGCCUUCCGUAUUGGUACGGCUAAGCUCAAGCGUCUUGGCGUCCCCGCAUACGAUGCACAUGGUCACGGAUUGGGCGGUCAUUCCGCUCAUGGCCCGGAGAGUGGUCAUAGCCCUGAGCCCAGCGAUCUCGAGCGUCAACAGCAGGAAGCUGCCAUCAAGGCGAAGAUCGACGACUCAGAGUCUGCCUUGUCGCAGGACACAGCCGAGGCUAUGCACUCCGCGCUCGCUCAGAUCAUCGGGAUCGCCAUCCUCGAGUUCGGGGUCGUCCUUCACAGUGUGCUCAUUGGUCUGACGUUGGCUGUCGAUCCCGACUUCAAGGUUCUGUUUGUCGUCCUGAUCUUCCAUCAGACCUUCGAGGGCCUCGGUCUUGGCUCACGUCUUGCCUUCCUACGCCUCCCCGGCUCGCACCAGAAGUCGAUCCCCAUCAUCGCCGCGCUCGUCUACGGUCUCUGCACGCCCAUCGGCAUCGCUGCUGGUCUCGGUGUGCGUACCACGUACAACCCGGGCAGCACGACCGCGAGCAUCGUGAGCGGUGUACUUGACGCGAUCAGCGCCGGUAUCCUCAUCUACACCGGUCUCGUCGAGUUGCUCGCGCACGAGUUCCUCUUCUCCCCGGAGAUGCGCGAGGCGAGCAACGGCAAGGUCGCGUAUGCCGUCGGGUGCAUGGCUCUCGGUAUCGGUUUGAUGGCGCUUCUUGGGCGCUGGGCGUAA